CUCCCUCGCCACAUUUCCCAACUCAGUCUUCUCCGGCCGGCCCUCCGCCACAGAAAAGAAAUCCCAAAACAUGGCGACUCUUUCGUUACUUCUCUUGUUUUCUUUGCUUUCUUUCGCAUCAGCUCAGGACAUGUCCAUCCUGAGCUACGGUAACGCAAACCUAAAGACGAGUGGCAGUGGGAGGACGGAUGAAGAAGUGAUGGCCUUGUACGAGGAAUGGCUAGUGAAACAUGGUAAGUCGUACAACGGCCUAGGAGAGAAAGAUAAAAGGUUUGAAAUUUUUAAGGAUAAUCUUAGGUACAUCGACGAACAAAACAGCUUGCCCAACAGGACGUACCAGCUCGGGCUGAACCGGUUUGCUGAUCUGAGCAACGAGGAGUACCGUUCCACUUACUUGGGAACCCGCCCUGAUCCCAAAAGGAGGUUGGCCAAGACUUCCAGCGAUCGCUACCGUCCAAAAGUAGGUGAUAGCCUGCCGAACUCCAUUGACUGGAGAGAAAAAGGUGCUGUUCUUCCGGUCAAAGAUCAGGGAAGCUGUGGGAGUUGCUGGGCCUUCUCAGCAGUUGCUGCCGUGGAAGGGAUCAACCAGAUUGUGACUGGUGAUUUGAUCUCCCUGUCUGAGCAAGAACUAGUGGAUUGUGAUACUUCUUAUGAUGAAGGCUGCAACGGUGGCCUCAUGGACUAUGCGUUUGAGUUCAUCAUCAACAAUGGUGGCAUUGAUACUGAGGAGGACUAUCCGUACAGAGGCAGGGACAUGAGAUGUGACACAUACAGGAAAAAUGCCAGGGUGGUCACAAUUGACGGCUAUGAAGAUGUAAUUCCCUAUGAUGAGAGGGCACUGCAGAAGGCCGCGGCCAAUCAACCCGUCAGUGUUGCCAUUGAAGGUUCUAGCAGAGAUUUCCAACUCUAUUUGAAAGGUGUAUUCACCGGCAACUGUGGGACUGCAUUAGAUCACGGUGUGAAUGUGGUUGGAUACGGUACAGCAAACGGUAAGGAUUAUUGGAUCGUCAGGAACUCAUGGGGUGCAGAGUGGGGGGAGGAUGGCUACAUCAGGAUGGAGCGUAAUGUCAAAGCAAACUCAGGCCUAUGUGGCAUCACCAGUGAGCCCUCUUACCCUGUCAAGAAAGGCCCAAAUCCUCCCAAUCCUGGUCCUUCCCCUCCAUCUCCAAUCAAGCCUCCGGCAGCCUGUGAUAAUUACUAUGAAUGCCCACAGGACAACACCUGCUGCUGCGUCUACGAGUUCUAUGGCUCGUGCUUCGAAUGGGGAUGCUGCCCUCUAGAAGGUGCCGUAUGCUGUGAAGACCACUACAGCUGCUGCCCCCACGAUUACCCCGUUUGCCAUGUUCAGUCAGGCACUUGCUCACUUAGCAAGGACAACCCUCUUGGAGUGAAGGUUAUGAAGCACAUGCUUGCUAGGCCUAUUAAGAGCAUGAAGUCAGGCACGGAAGGAAUGAAGAGCAGCUCUUAAAAAGACCUGAUGACCAAUCUGUAAGUGGUGGAUAAAGGAAAGGAAAGGCAGAGGUUUAUCACCCUGUUUUCCAUAGAGGCCUCUAGUCCACCACUGAAGUUACAGAAUCCGAUUGAUGAUUGAUUAAAGAUGAUUAGACGGUCAUCUGUAUAUAGGCUUUAAAUAUCUAUCUAAAACUUCUAUUCGAGCAAACAGAACAAGUAGAACAUUCAUCUGCUACAAUCUGACUUGUUUAUGUGUACUUAAAUCUUAUUUAAAUGCUGGCUUGGAUUUCAUUUCGGUCAAUGGCGAUCUGGUUCCUUUUAACA